AUGAGGGAGUGCAUCUCGAUCCACAUCGGACAGGCUGGCAUUCAGGUCGGCAAUGCCUGUUGGGAGCUUUACUGUCUCGAGCAUGGCAUUCAGCCCGAUGGACAAAUGCCCAGUGAUACCACUGUUGGUGGAGGUGAUGAUGCCUUCAACACAUUCUUCAGCGAGACUGGUGCAGGCAAACACGUCCCCCGAGCAGUGUUUGUCGAUCUCGAGCCAACCGUGAUUGAUGAGGUCCGCACGGGCACAUACCGCCAGCUGUUCCACCCAGAGCAGCUCAUCAGCGGCAAAGAAGACGCAGCUAACAACUUUGCCAGGGGCCACUACACAAUCGGCAAGGAAAUUGUGGACCUUUGCCUUGACAGGAUCCGUAAGCUUGCUGACAACUGCACUGGCCUUCAGGGCUUCCUCGUUUUCCAUGCUGUGGGUGGCGGCACUGGAUCUGGGCUCGGUUCCCUCUUGCUCGAGAGGCUCUCUGUCGACUAUGGCAAAAAAUCGAAGCUCGGUUUCACCAUUUACCCUUCACCCCAGGUCUCGACAGCUGUCGUCGAGCCUUACAACUCGGUUCUUUCCACUCAUUCCCUCCUCGAGCACACUGACGUCGCUAUUCUUCUGGACAACGAGGCAAUUUACGACAUUUGUCGCAAGUCCCUUGACAUCGAGAGGCCCACUUAUACUAAUCUCAACCGGCUCAUCUCUCAGGUGAUUUCUUCCUUAACUGCUUCCCUGAGGUUCGACGGUGCUCUGAACGUUGAUGUGAACGAGUUUCAAACAAAUCUCGUUCCAUACCCAAGGAUCCACUUCAUGCUCUCUUCAUACGCGCCUGUUAUCUCAGCUGAAAAAGCCUAUCACGAGCAGCUUUCCGUGGCUGAGAUCACAAACACAGCCUUCGAACCCUCGUCUAUGAUGGUCAAAUGCGAUCCGCGCCAUGGAAAGUACAUGGCUUGUUGCCUCAUGUACAGAGGCGAUGUAGUCCCGAAAGAUGUUAAUGCUGCUGUGGCAACUAUCAAAACAAAGAGGACUAUACAGUUUGUCGAUUGGUGCCCGACUGGUUUUAAGUGUGGGAUUAACUACCAGCCACCGACUGUUGUUCCAGGUGGGGAUCUUGCGAAGGUUCAAAGGGCUGUGUGCAUGAUAUCGAACUCGACUAGUGUUGCUGAGGUGUUCUCGAGGAUUGACCACAAGUUUGACUUGAUGUAUGCUAAGCGUGCGUUUGUGCAUUGGUAUGUGGGUGAGGGUAUGGAGGAAGGAGAGUUCUCGGAGGCUCGGGAGGAUUUGGCUGCUCUGGAGAAGGAUUAUGAGGAGGUCGGGGCUGAGUCGGGUGAAGGUGAGGAUGACGAACCGGAGGAUUAUUGAGAAGAAGGUAAGUUGAUUGUGGUGUGUGUCUGGCCAAUGGGCUCAUUGGUUUAGUUGGGUAGUGUGUUUUCUUAUUUGGGUUUGUUAUGAUGAAUUGUGAUUGAACUUUGAAGACAUGUUUUAUUGUGUUUGUGUUGAACUUGGUUUUUGUGGUUUUAUGCUGUUGUUAUUAUGUGGUAUGAAAUUUCCAGUUUUAGUGGUGUGUGCACUAUUUGAUGAUUGAUUGGUUGUUACACUGCACAAGUAGGUUUAUGGGCUUUGUUUAUUUGUGUUCUUUGGAAUAAUUUUCAACUAAAGGGUCUUUAUUAUACAAUAUUAUAUACAAGAGAAGAAGAUACUCAUUCUAGGAUAUUUUUCUAUUUAGUAGUUUACCAAUGUACAAACACAUAUAUACAUCCAUUCUCUUUUCAAACACUCUAAAACAGGAUGAACAGAGAAGUUGGACUUUGAUUCCAUUUGUCACUGGAGCCUCAAAAUAUUGCCUCUGGAUUUCUCGUUGAAAUUGAUCUCAUUCCUUUCUUCUUACGCUG